UAUGUCGUCUUCCUCAAUCACAUUCAAAAGCAGAAGUUUUGUUUGUAAACGGCGCAUAUCAUGAUUCAUAAGAAGAUUACAUGGAGGUCUAUCAUCUUGACGUUCAGUUGUUACAGGACUAAAUGCCCAAUAAAGGAAUCCAAAAAGAAGAUGUCCAAGCAAGGUUCUUUUCAGAGACUAAGCCUCUCUGACAUCAGCAUUUCGAGCUCUGGUCAGGCCAUUGACGAUCUUUCCAUCUCCCUUGCUGGCCAAAAGCUGUAUCCAUUUACUCUUGAAGAGCUAAGAGAAGCAACACAUAAUUUCUCCUGGAGUAAUGUGAUAGGUGAAGGUGGUUUUGGACCCGUGUACAAGGGAUUUAUUGAUGACAAGCUUAGACCAGGUUUGAAAGCUCAACCUGUGGCUGUGAAACGACUAAACUUGGACGGCAUGCAAGGGCACAGGGAAUGGCUGGCAGAGAUAAUCUUUCUCGGACAGCUAAAGCAUCCAAAUCUUGUUGACUUACUUGGGUACUGCCACGAGGAGGAACACAGGCUUUUAGUGUAUGAAUACAUCCCAAGAGGCAGCUUGGAGAGCCAACUUUUUAGAAGAUACACUGCAGCCUUGCCAUGGUCAACCAGGUUACAAAUUGCACUGGGAGCAGCCAAGGGCCUAGCCUUCCUUCAUGAAGCAGACAAACCUGUAAUAUAUAGAGAUUUCAAAACUUCAAAUAUCUUAUUAGACUCGGAUUAUACCGCUAAACUUUCAGACUUUGGGUUUGCAAAAGAUGGACCUGAAGGGGAAGACACACAUGUAACAACACGAAUAAUAGGAACACAAGGCUAUGCAGCACCAGAGUACAUCAUGACAGGCCACCUUACAACCAAGAGCGACGUGUAUAGCUAUGGGGUGGUACUAUUAGAACUUAUAACAGGAAGAAGGAUAAUGGAUAAGAGCAGGCCAAAUAGAGAGCAGAGCCUGGUGGAAUGGGCGAGGCCUUUAUUGAGAGAUCAAAGAAAGCUCCACCAGUUCAUAGACCCUCGACUUGAAGGACGAUUUCCUAUCAAAGGAGCUCGUAAAGUCGCAGCAUUGGCUUACAAGUGCUUGAGCCACCACCCACGUCCUAGACCCACAAUGAGCGAUGUGGUCAACACAUUGGAGACCCUUCAGAACUUUGAUGAUACAUUCAUAGAACCCUUUGUGUAUGUAGCCAUGAAUCAAGAUGGCAACAUCAACUAACAGCAUGACUCAAUAUUAUUCAUAUGUAUUAGAACUAGAUAGAUGGCAAAUUUUUUAUGCUUGUCUAUCAACUAAAUAGUUAUUAAGCAAAAUGUAAGUGCAGAUGUUCAGCUGGACCAAAAUGUCCAGAUAUGCACAAAGCAAUUGUAAUUUGAUGCGAAAUAAGACCAUCACACCAGAACACAACUUGUCAUGAUUGGCAAUUAUCGGGACAUGCCCUUGCUGGAAAUUUAUGUUCAAUCAUUGAUGAU